ACCAUUUUAAAAUCAUUUUAUUCUCCUCCUUGAAUUAAAGUCAAUUUCCAAGAGCAGAGAGAAAUCAAUCACUCUAUUUAUGGAUGAACAAUAAAGUCCAUAGACUUUACACAAAAUUUAGAGAAUGGAAUUCAGUAACAUAGAGGAAUCAAAUGGGAUAAUAACAGAAGAGGAAGAGAAAGGAACUGAAAUCAAUGAGAUUGAACAACGCAAAGUGCGUCUCAUGAGAGCCUUUGUUGAAAGAGAAGAUCCCUCUGUCAAGGAAGUGGACGAUUUGAUGAUCCGGAGAUUUCUGCGUGCUCGAGAACUAGACAUUGAGAAGGCGUCGACCUUAUUCCUAAAUUACCUAAGCUGGAGGCGAUCGAUUAUCCCAAAUGGCUUCAUAUCUCUAUCAGAGAUUCCAAAUGAACUUGCUCAAAACAAGUUGUUUAUGCAAGGGGUUGAUAAGCAGAACCGUCCCAUAGUUGUGGUUUUCGGUGCCAGACAUAAGCCUUACAAAGGAAGUUUAGAGGAGUUCAAGCGUUUUGUUGCCUACACUCUCGAGAGAAUAUGUGCCAGAAUGCCAGCUGGACAGGAAAAGUUUGUGUCCAUUGCAGAUCUUGAAGGGUGGGGAUACACCAAUAGUGAUAUUCGUGGAUAUCUAGCAGCAUUAUCAAUAUUGCAGGAUUGCUUCCCAGAGAGGUUAGGUAAAUUGUUCAUAGUUCAUGUGCCCUACAUAUUUAUGACUGCAUGGAAGGUUGUCUACCCGUUUAUUGACAGCAAAACCAAAAAGAAGAUAAUCUUUGUCGAGAACAAAAAACUGAGAUCCACUCUGCUUGGCGACAUUGAUGAGAGCCAGCUCCCAGAUGUAUAUGGAGGCAAACUGUCAUUAGUUCCUAUCCAAGACGACUAGCUAAUUGAUUUGUUGGUUAAAUUACACACCAAGUUCAGGUUAUCUGCUCCACAAUUCGUAGGCGUUGAGAAGUAGACGACAAUACCUAUUUCUUUGGUGAAUUUGAGAACUGGACACGAGAGCAACAGCAAUACCUUUAUCUGCGUUAUUUUUAUGUUAUAUGAACUCUCUUUUUUUUCUUGAAUUGGAUGCUAUGUGAACUCA